AUGCCUCGUCUCACAGCAGGCUUCUCCAGCCGAGCUACAGCAACGGGCUCAGCGGUGUCGUUCUAGAGCUGGCAACCGGAAGCUGUGAUCAGCUGAUCGAGGAGGAGCUGUAGAAGAGGUGAGCCAUCUUCCCCCGGCAGACAGGUUGAUACACUUUGAUAACGCUUUGACGAGUGGGAUAAGGGAAAAAUCAUCCUGAUAUCCCGGUGUCAUUUGAAGGCAUAGAGGAUUUUAAGACGGACAACUGGUGACAGUUGCGAAGGGAGCUAUCUAAAGGACUCGUUUGAAUUUCUUCAUCAGAUCUGACUGAGGAAUAUGCCAGCUUUUACGUCAGACAGAGCCUCUAAUAUCAGCACAAAGAACGGAAAAAAAUGCUAAGAGCGUGGAUUUAGAUCAUAAUAUGAAACAAGCGUAACCUAGAUAUAUGCCUAAGUCCGGAAGAUAUGCGAUGUAAGAAAGUAUGUAGUCCUUAAUGUGCGGAAGGUGUACAACAUCAGCAGUAAAUGUAAACAAACAGCUAUUCAAGCUAGUUGAACUUAGCCGACUGGAGGUUAGCUUUCUAAUGCUAGUACAUAUAGCUAACAUAAGGUAGCACAGCGAAGGUAAAUCGAGCAAAAUAAGCCUGUAGUCGGAAAUAUAAACGAUAUUUAAUCGUAGUUUAACUGUCUACAGCGCAUGACAUGUUUAUAGUAUCCAAGUUGGCAUUUGUUAGCCUAUCUGCUAACGUUAGCUAAUUCUUAUUUCCAUUGCAGAUGAAAAUGACAUUAAAACUAGCUCAUUAAACGAGAAACAGAGAAGACACUUUGCAAUAUUAACACCACAGGUGUUUGACAUCUUCUUUCUUGUGAGAAAGACUCUUUCAGGAUCGUUAUAAUGCAGCAGUAGUUAAUGUUGAUACCCAGUGUGAGUUGAGCUAAAUGCCUGAAAAGAGUAGGACGUCUGGAUGAACGAAACCGCUUCGAGACUUCACGAGGCUUUACAUUUACACCAACAAGCGUUUUUUUUAACCUCUGUUUUCUAUUCUUAUUCGUGGCUCUAUGAUGAGAGAGUUUUUCAUUUUCUACUUUUGACAGGAACGUUGCUUUGUGAGUUUGAGUCGUUGGGCAUCUCAGCGGCAAAGUUGCCGUCAAAGACUUUUCACUAUUCAGAGUUUUUGGCUUUGAAUCCAAGUGUGGAAGGAAGCUUCACCUCUGCGCAGUGGCUUAUGCCGACUGAAAUCACAAAUAGCUACGUAGACAAAUAUUAAUUGUAGUUGUGCUGUAUAUAUUUUUUGCAGACUAUUCAAAGCAUUGUUUUAAAAAAUUGUAUGUGUUUGAGGCGAUAAGCCUCUCGGCAGUGAUUUGGUUGUUAGUGGUCUCCCCUCCCCCAGUGUUCAGACUGACUCUUUUGGAGCUGUGGGCACUGUUUGUCGGGCUUCCCCUUGUUUUUUAGACGGCAGAAAGGCCGUAGACUCAAAUCGCUGUCCCGGGACUCCUAACCUCUUUAAGAGUGGAUGUAAUGGAACUGAUGUUUGCCGAGUGGGAGGAUGGGGAGAGGUUCUCCUUUGAAGACUCGGACCGAUUUGAAGAAGACUCUCUCUGCUCCUUCAUCUCGGAGGCCGAGAGCCUCUGUCAGAACUGGAGGGGAUGGAGGAAGCAGUCUGCUGGACCCAACUCCCCCACUGUCAAGAUUAAAG